AUGGUUAAGACUUGUUCAGUGAAAGGAUGCAACUCCAAAGCAGGUCAAGGAAUUAAGUUUCACGGACUUCCUAAAGGAGAUAUUUCUAAGGAAUGGAUUAAAUUUCUUGAAAAAAGUAAUCCAUCAUUUAAGCUUACAAAAACUUGUACCCUCUGUGGGCUACAUUUUGAUUCUGAUUUGGACUACGAAAUUACAUCUACCAGUGUAUUUCAAACUAAGCAAUUGAAAAAAAAUGCUGUCCCAAGCAUCUUAAACCCAACUGCACGUAGAUCAUUGUUUUGUGAGUCAAAUACUGUUUCUAAUUAUAAUGGAGAGGAAGAAGUUGUGACGUUGUCCUUAUUAUAUGUAUCUGCAGAUACAAUGACAGAUUCAAUGUCAAGUGUAACAGGGACACUAGACACAAUUAUAGUUUCAACUGAAGCCACUGAGCAGAAUACAGUAGAAACAAUAUCCAGUACAGAAAAGUCAUCAUCAGAUGUAUCUGUUAAUAAAAAGAGAAAAUGUUUUGUGGGUGAUUUUAAACAUAUUAAUGAAAUUGAUACCCCUAACAGAAGGUUGCAAUUUUGGAAUGCUUCGCAUGCAACUGUAGAAAAUCAACGAAAACGAAUAAAGUUCCUGAAUAAAAAAAAUUUAUUAUUGACUAAAAGAGUAAAGACAUUAGAUGAUUUAGUGAAACAUCUAAAGGAUGAAAAAAAAAUGAUAUCAGAUAAUUGUUUUACAGUUCUGAAGGUAUGUAUUAUACUAUUGAUUUAA